AUGGACGACGACAAGUUGCUUCUGACCACCAACUUUGUCCUACACCGGUUCUUCUUUGCGCAUGUGCUGUCGCAUGCACCCUUGCCCGUGCAAGACGCCAUAUUUGGUUAUGCUACCGACGUGGCCUUGACCGAACUCAUUCAAGACCACUGCGCGUUGUUGUUUGUCCAGUCCAGGGUCCGGAUGCAAUGGUGGCGGCAAAGAUUCUUGAAGCGGCGACGACAAACCGUCUUGAUUCAAGCCACGUGGCGUCGGUUCGUCUGCAGGAGAAAGUACCUCUACGAUCAAGCCAUCCGCGCUCACCACGCUCGACUUGGCCUCGAAAUGGAAUGUGCAAUGCGACUGCUGAUGUGCCUCCGUCGCGCGGUACUCCACCGACGCAUCCGUGUACGAGAAGCGGCCAGUCAGAAAGUCGACCGUGCGAUUUUGGCCUUUGCAUACGACCACCAUCGGUCCCGUCAAAAGAUCGCUACGUCCGUCAUUCGCCCGCUACCACACCACCAGGAAGCAAGUCAUAUCCGUGCGAUGACAUCCUUCGCUUGUGGUUGCAGCUGUGGCCGACGGCGUCGUCACCAAGGCAAGGUGGUUGCGCUCUUCAGCCGCCACAGCCAGACUUUUGUUCGAUUUGUCCUGCAAAUCCACUCGCACCCACACACUUCGUCGUUGCAAUGGCUGACUGCGUACGAUGCCAGAGACUCGUCCGUCCAUGUUAUCCCGUUGGCCACGCAAGUACUUCACCGAAUUGUUCCCAAGACAGAGCGGUCGACCAUCGGCAACGACCUCGUCCGUCGGCUCGAGUUCCACGGGAUGUCGCUUCGCCUAAACAUGAAAGAGCACGCGGCGCGUCCCGGUCGUCGCGUGCUUCAACUAGCCAAGGCGCUGUCGGUGGCGCACAUUCCUCAGCGUCCGCAGCGCCAACUGGCGCGAUUUAUCGUCCAGGCCAUCGAGUAUAGCAACGAAGUCGUGGUGCAAGUGUACAAUCCAGCAGAUUCCCGGACGUGGUGCUUUCCGUCUACGUCCAACCAGCUACGUGACUUGCAUGCGUUGAUUCACACAUUGCGAGUUGUUUCCGUUCUACCCCACGGCCAGUACACGGUCGUGCCAUCAAGCGAUGUCGACCAACUCCUGCAAUCGCAUGUCGUUGUCGAGCUCCAGCGUCACAUUCGACGAAAACUUGCCCAGCAACGCGUCCAAGAUCUCGCCAUCCAUCAGUGGCUGCGUGUGCAAGUCAAGAACCGAUAUCAAUACGUGCAUGGUCCAUCAGGGCUGUGGCGCGACGCGUCAAAGCCCCACAUGCUACGCAAUGCAACGCCUGUCAAUGCCAUGCGGGAGUGGUACUUCGUGCUCAAUUACACCCAUACCAGAGUGCCGUACGCGUACUACAUCUACCCUCGACGCGCUGCCAUCUCGCGCAAGUCCCAGGUCGAUGCGGCUAUGCUUAUCCAAACGUGGCUUCGCAACCAAGGACACAAUCGACGCCUCUUUGACUGCGUCCGCUCCAUGAUCAACCUGCACCAAUUUCACGUGCGGUGGCAAGUGCAGAGCCAAGGCCCGCCAACUCCCCACAUCACACGACUUUUGCUCUAUAAAGCGAUGUGGUUACACCUCUUUCACGCCGACGUAGCUGGCGCGGCGCCUCUCUACGACGACGCGGCACGCUUGUUCGUGUGGCACGACGGGAUUCUGCCUUCCGAAGUGGCUCUCGUACUUUGUGUCUGCGCGGUCUUUUGGCUUGCGACUUGUCAGGACGAGAGUUCCAUGGGCCGACGGCAGCUAGCCUUGACAUACUUGGGCAAAUACCGACCGCAGCUCGAUGCUGCAGACGUUGCCCUUGUCCACGAGAACUUUUACCACUGGGCUGUUGUGAACCACCCAUUGUCAUCCGUGGCUGUCCUUUCCUUUGCAAUCUAUAUCCAUCUCGUCCGAGGGGAUCGAAAGGGCGCCGAGGCUCAGUACACAACAGCGGUCGCUUUGCAUCAUGCCGAAAAGCUCGUCGACAUGAAUUGUCGAUUGGCGUGUCCAACGGAGGCAUCGAAUUGGCACAUCGGCCCCACGUUGGACGAAUUUGAGUACCCCUUGCGACCGCACGAUCGCCACGCGAGGACAAACCCAGUCCUCGUGCUUCAACGGCGCUUCCGACACACCCGACAACACUUUCUGCACAUGCCCAGCAUCUCCGCCGCGGUGCGGGCCAUUGCCGUGAACGCGCGUAUUGCUCGCCAGGUGCAAGAAGCCACUUCGCUGCCCCAAACUGAAAAUGUCGCCGACUACAUCUGGUACACGCAUUUUGUUCGGCACACCCCUCAAGCGAUAGCAGCUCUGUACGACAGCCACAUGACGCUGCCUCGAGUUCGAUGCGGGUUUGCACUGUGGCUGCUUGUUCUCGCCACGCCAGGGAGUACGUCAAGGGCCGUGCGUCUCCUGUCCGACAACGAUGGCCUUUCCAACGCCGAUUUGCACGACAUGGAACUGAACUUCCUCCGCCAUGUCGUCGUCAACAAUCCACUCGACGUUCGGGGCCUGUUAAACUACGCCCUCUUUGCUCAGUUUGUGCUGCAAAAGUUUGGCAUGGCAGAACGAUUGUUUGCCUUGGCGGUGGCCCGUCCUCAAGACAAGGACUUUCCGCUGGCGUUAAAGCUGUCGUUUCGAUUCCAAAAGCAUCGGCUCCCAUCCAGUGUAUCGCCUGGGCGUGGCCCCACGCACGCCGUGUACGUCGACAAGACCACGCAAACCCUCGCGACCAUCGGAGCGUGGAGUCGGCUGUGUUUCCGUGUCCAGCAGCAGUACCCCGUUUACUUUUGGUGUCAUGCCUUGACUCUGCAGCGAGUGUGGGAGCACCGUCUCGAGCUGCCCCAAGUCCCCAACAAUGUCCGUGCAUUCGUUCGACAACUCCAGAUGUGCCAAGCGACUACUCGUCUCCAAGUUUGGGGACGACGGUGGCUCGAACGCAAGCACUUUCUCGGAUUCCGCAACUUCCCCAAGCUGUCUGUCGGUGUCGUGGAAAGCGCAUUGACUUUACACUUCAUGGAGGGUAACUGGAACAAGGCUGCAGCUGCAUAUGUUGACGUGCUGUACGCCGAGCCUUGGAAUGCCGUGGCGACAGGAGGGCUACUGAUAGCGCAGCGAGCAAUGAUGAUGCAAGAACGAAGCAGCAUCUCAAGCAUCCGUUGGCAGAGAUGGACGCAAGUGUACCGUCGAUUUCAUCACAUCCUGGCUGACCGCACGGACGGAGUGCAAGUUCUCCUUCGAUGGGCUCGCCUCGCGCUGACCGCACAACCGGCCUCGGCCCACCCAUCCCUCGAAAUGUCAUCGACGGCACUGUCGACACCGUGGUGGCGGUGGUUGAACUACGCUCUCUGUCUCCAAUGCAUAGCAAAAGAGUUUGAAUUGUCCGAGGGCGUUUACAGAAAGUUUUGCCGUCCAAGUGAACCGGUGGCCACUUUGGACCUGUUCUCGUUGCUGUACCGUGACUUUUUAAGCCAGCGCGGCCGCAAGCAGCUCUUCAUGGGGGCUUCCCCACCGAUUGACAGUCGCAACACCGCUCGUUUGCUCCCACAUCCUCCCGGGUGGAAGCUCCGUGAUCCGACAUGGCAGCGCGUCCAGUCGAAUCAACACGUGUAUUGGCGACAAGAUGCGACAUAUCGAUGCAAGUGGCGCGUCGAUGUCAGCGUUGUCCCAGAAGCUGCCGACGUGGCUGCCCAAACGAUCCAAAGACGUGUGAGAAAGCGAUGGGGCACCUUUCAUUUUCCCCUCUUUUCCAUUGCGCUUGGUCGAACUCGACUGGACGUCGUCAGGACCAGUCUACCAUUGUGGUCGCUCUCAGCAGCGACCCCCGAGGCAGGCAACCGAGACUGCGUGUUUCGUCAUUUCGUGCAUAAACUGGUCGUGCAGAAUGCGGACGUGGCUGGCGAGAUCGACGAUGCGUGGGCAACAGACCCUCUCCUGUGCCCCAUCGGCGUCUUGGCAUGCUUUACGGACCUCCAGACGUCCCACGUCAGGAGUACGUCCAUGCUUCUUGCCCUGGAGACACUGUAUCGCUCCAACUCGGAAGCCAAAGCGAUGUGGGACAAACAUGGGCUUCCGUUCUUCGAAUGGGCACACGCUCAGAAUCCCAUGUCUCCCCGACCUGUACUAUUUCUUGCCCUCAUUGCUCAGUACAUGCAAGGUGACGUCGCGAUGGCUCACCGCCUCUACCGACGAUGGCGAGAUUUGUCCACCGACGGGCCGCUGGCAAAGGCGGCUGUAUAUUUUCAUUGGCGGCAGCUUGAACGGUCAGCGCCACACAUGUUGUCGCGACGUACGCUGCAAGACGCGGUCGUUGUGGCAUCUACUGCUGGCCAUCCAUUCCAACGGGCACGAGUGUGGGAAGGGCAGUAUGUUUGGGUCAACACCGUCACCGAACGCGUUGUCGUCCACUCGACACGUUUGCUCUUCCGCAUUCCCAUCGCGCGGAGCAAUCGCGACGACGUUGUCUGUCGCAUUCAGCGCUUCCUCCGACAAUUUGGACCCCCCGGAUUCCACCGAACGUGCCAUCAAAAUGGUAUUUCUCGACGCAUCGGAUGGUUGUACAUGGCGCCGCACCCGCCGCAAGAUGACUGCGAACACUCGUCCAACAUGUUGUCGCCAGUCCUGUGGCUUCAACGAGGUUUCCACCGAUGGUGUGUCCUGAACGACCUGCACGGCGGCUUGGCGAUUUGGACUCGAGGUCGAGUGCAGUUUCCGAAAGACUUGGCGCUGACUCAAGUUAUUUCGCUGGCUACCAUGGUGACCAAAUGCGAUAUUCACAACCUCCAUGCCAUGCAGCUGAUCCAUUCGUCCCACCACUUGAAACAGUCCCCUUUCGCUCGAGGGGAACUUGCCUGGGACUGCCUCUACUGGACGCUCUUGACCACACGUUCCCCCGAGACUGCGACGCAAGUUCGAUUGAUGCUGGCCAUGGCAAGUUUGCAUUUAUUCAAGCAAUUGGCAGACGCCCACGCUUGGUGCAUUCGGGCGUUUGGCACCUCCUGUCCCCGUCACUACCACGAAAUGCUUGAGCGAUUCUUCGUACACUACCACGACGCGAUCAAGGAAUUCGGUCCAUCCAACCACAUGCAGCUCACGGCAAAUUUUGUUCUUGGCGCUCCUUCGACGACAGAGUGGCAGCAAUACAGCAUGGCGUCGUGGCACCACCCAAAAACCUAUUACGUGCACACGAAAACUGGCAAAGCAUACUGGGCAAAACCUAUCCCGAUGCCGUCCGUGCCGACUUCCCAACAGACCGUCGCUGCCAAAGUGUUGCAAGCGUUCUGGCGGUCGCGCGGGAGUUUGUGGCGCCAACUACGCCGCCUUUACCUGCCACAACUAGCACAAGCCACACAGGCGCAUCGUAAAGUUGAGACUUCCAUCGAGCGUGCAUUAGCUGUCCAUGCUCUCAAGGGCGACGUUCCAGCAGCAACGUUGAUGUAUUCGGCGAUUCUGUCUGUGCAACCCGACAAUGUGAUUGCCAUGCAGUGCUUGGCGCUCUGCUAUCUCGCAUCGGAGUCGCCCCUCCACCAGGUAUCGCGACGGGCGGAAGCGUUGCUGCAGCAAGCAGCUGUCGUCGAUGCCAAAGCUCCACAGAGUAGAAAGGGGACCGAUCUGUGGUGGAUCGGCCACUAUUUUGUGUUUGGGUUGUUGGUCAACCAAGGCAACCCGACGAUCGUGUUGAACGUUGCUCUGGUCCACGAAUUUGUCGUCCUAAACAUUCGAAUUGCCCGCCAGUGCUUUCACUGGGCCGCGCUGCGGUCCAUGCAUGGCCUGGCUCUGCCGUCCGUUCGAUGCCAGCUGCAAUGUCUUCCCAUGGGCAUGCACCCCCAAGAAGGUCCCAUGCACCGCCCCAAACACACCGUGGUCCUCCGUCCGCAUUCCAUCUUGUCCGACUGGUCGACCUGCUGCAACGUGUCAGCCGACUCGCGCCUGCUCUCGCUGUACUGGUUCAACGGGAAGACCACUCUGACUUUGUGGUCGUUGCCUCCGACUGCGUACGCUUCCAUCAAGCACAGUCACCAUGAGCGCAGCAGCGUCCACGUCCUACAACGCUUCUACCGUCGCCAUGUCAUUUGCUCGAACCCCGUGGCGUAUGACCUGGCGUCGCUGGUGCGGGCCCUCAAGUAUCACAACUCUGUACGUGCCAAAUAUGACGCCGACCCGACGCGACCUGCGGCCGUGACCAACUACGCGCUUCACGUCCACACGUUUGAGAACGACGGGAAGCGAGCCAAGGAGCUGUACAAAGAGGCAUUGGCAGUGAGCAAGCAUCACGUCCUGUCGAGUUGCUACGCCCUGUUUCUUUUGGCUGUGUGCCAGCCGCCCCGGCUCCAUUCAGCUCGCGAAGCGGCCACAAGGCUCAUCGAGGCAAGACGGGCCAGUUCGUCCUUCAAAGCCGACUUUCGCGUCGCCCACCGCUGCUUCUUUCGCUACGCGCUCGUCGUGUUCCCACACGAACCAUGGGCGUGGCUCAACUACGCGCUCUUGAUGGAGUGCAUUUACGAAGACGCCGAGGUAGCCGACCUCAUGUACCAACGCGGCUUGGCGCUCCAAGACAAGCUCCAACGGCAAGGCAAGCGUCGCCAGAGUAGCACGGAUGCCGCCGCCACCACUUUUCUCGACGAGAAUUACACAGCGUUUCGGCUCAAGUGCGUGAAGGGGGGAAGUUUGAAAUGCCAGGGACCGCUGCAACGCAUCUACGUACAGUCGACGUGCGUGGGAUUGUGGGGCCAUUGGAAGCUCAUGCAAAUGCCGGCGAGCGAGGUGCUUGUGGAUCUAGCUGCGGCAGGACCACCUCCAGAGUUUCACCGCUUGUUCUGGUUCAACACGCUCACUUGCCGAACGUACUGGGAUCGUCCCGACAAUCUCUGUCCUUUCAUCGAUGCUGUACCGCGCUCGUACACACGAGAGCAUGUGACAUGGAGUUGUCGGUGCCAGUCAGCGAUUCUCCGCUUGCAGAAAUGGAUUCGCUCAUGUAUCUACGAGCGUGUGGGCCUUGUCCUCCAUGCUCUGGACGCCCCACGAGCGUGGAAUCGAAUCCUCCAGUCCUCCGACAAGUUUGACGCUGCCCUGUGCAUGCACGCCAUCCAAUGCAACGCCAACGGAGCAGUGGCCAUGUACCAAACCGUCUUGGACGCGUCGUCCAGGCACCCGCAUGCGUCGUGGUGCUUGGGCCUAGCGCUGCUGUCGCUCGGACGCAUGGACGAAGCCACGCAAUUGAUUUAUCCACAAGCACCGACGGGGCUCCUCGCCGCUGCAUCCGCAUCGAUUCGAAAGCUCUCGAUGCCCCUUCGAAGCAGGAGCAUUGUGUCCGAUCAUGGACUUCGCCGAACGGGCACCGCAAACGCAAUGAUGGAUCGACCAUCCAAGUCGAGCGGCAGCCCUACCAAACCGCCGCCAGUGAACCCCCCUCCUGCAGCGUACCGACCUCCGUCCGUCCGCCUCGUCAGUCCAUCCAACCAAAGCCGACACGCCCACAUCUUGGCUGUAUUUCAGCUACAA